AUGCCUCUAUUCGCUGAUAGUUUCUGGUCUGAUGAUUUGGAUUCAGGGUUGAAAGUUCUCUUCGAGAAGCUUCACCAGGGAUGUGGGCAAUGUGAUCUUUUUAUACAACUGUUCGCCUCGAGAAUGCAGUUUGAAGUCAACUAUGGUAGACAGCUGGGUGGUAUUAAACAAGGUGUAGAUGACUUGGACAAGUUUGCUGAUGAUCCUGAAGCAACCAUAUUAAGUGCAUUGCACGGUAUCAUUGAAAACACCUCACUGGAAGGCAAUCAGCAUUUAAUGGUAGCGUCAAAUAUUGAACAAUUGGUAUUGACACCUUUCAGUAAAUGGUGUCACGAUCAUAGGAAAAGGGUUGAAUAUUCUGAGAAAAUCUUGAAGACCAACGUAUCAAAUUUUGAUAAAUCAAGAAGUUACGUCUCUAAAUUGGAAAGGGAAUAUUUCAAUCGUUGUCGACAGUUGGAAGAUUUUAAGAAGGCCAAUUACGCUAAUGACGACGAAUUGAUAAAAGCAAUGGAAUCACUGAAAUUGUUACAGAAAUACGAGAAGGACGUGGCUAGAGAAAAAGAAUAUCAAAAAUUCGCUACGGUGGGGAAUAUCGAUUUUGAUUAUAAGAGUAUGAGAGAAGUACUUCAGUUGCUACUUACCAAACUGCCUAAGUACAAUUAUACGGUCCCCUUUAUCAACUAUACUCUAGAAAAUACGAAUAGUGGUAGCGAUAUUACUCGAUUUUUGUUGGAAAACAUGUCGCUAAAGGAUCUGGACCACGCUGAAGUAUUCGGUCAAGAUUUAAUGAAUCUGGGGUUUUUAAAAUACUGUAAUGGUGUGGGGAAUACCUUUGUGAAUUCCAAGAAAUUUCAAUACCAAUGGAAAAGUUAUUCCUACAGAUUUGUAGAUAUACCACAAUCAGCUGAUGAAAACGAUUCUACAGCUUUACCGUUGGAACCAAGACUUUCUGCAUACAUCCAGGAUUUUAAUUUGAAUUUGCCAUCGUCUGCUACCACUGACAGUGGUGAAGACACGUCUACAGGUGAAACCACAGUGGUAGAACCAGAGACUGGAGAAUCAGACAAGAACUUGUUUAAAUUGAUGAAGGAAGUUGAAUUAGCCGAUAAAAAGUACUAUCGAGAAUGCUUGAAGAUGGAUACUCUUAGAUGUUCCGUGGAAGAACUACUGGUUGAUCACCUAACAUUUAUGGAAAGAUGCGAAUUGGAUAGAUUGAAAGCCGUUAAGAAGGCGACUUUCGACUUCUGUGCCACGGUGAGUAACAAGAUCUCCAGUUUAAAGAUUAGUGUGGAUAAUAUGAUUCAGAAGGAAGAUAGCAUGGAUCCCAACGCAGAUUUACUGCACUUCCUGAUGAAAUACCGCACUGGGUAUUUCCAACCUCAUGUCAUCACGUAUAAUAAUUAUUACAACCCAGGCGCAUUCCAAAAUUUCGGCAUAGAUUUGGAAACAAGAUGUCGUCUGGAUAAAAAAGUGGUUCCCUCAAUAGCAUCGGUCAUUUUAUCAUACAUGGACCAAGUAUACCCUGAAUUACCCAGCGAUAAAGUGAGGAUAUCUGUAUGGACAGCGCCAGUUAAAUUGAACCUUUCACACCAAUUGAGAAAUCUUUUGAACAGAAGACAGUUCAAAGAUGAUGCUGAAAUUAUGGAAGUUAUCAAAGAAUCUAAUUCUGACGCAAGCACAGUUGCAAGUGUCCUCAAAAUCUACCUGUUGGAAUUGCCUGAACCAUUAGUUUCUGACGACAUCUACGAUGUACUCAAAAUGCUUUAUGCUAAAUAUACCAUACAUCCAACUACUGAAGAAGAUUCACAGAAUUCUCAAACGGAGGAAGAAUUACAAGAGAUGGAAUCCAACAAAAUCAGAGGUCUUUACACCACACUUUCAUCCUUGCCUAAACCUCAUAUCGCUACUUUAGAUGCAAUAACAACCCAUUUUUGCAGAUUGAUCAAAAUCUUGAAGAUGGGUGAAAAUGGCCAAGAAAUAGCCUCGGAGUUUACACAUUCAAUUUCACAAGAAUUUGCCAAUUGUAUCAUCAAAGUACGCGUAUCUGAUGGUAACGAUCUGGGCUACAGGAUCUUUUACGAUCUCUUGACGCACAAGAAGGAAAUUUUUGGAGUCUUGAAAAGGCAAGGUUCAAGAGCCAAGAGCGAAAACUCUAAUUAA